AAACAAAUACACGCUACACCGUUUCAAAACAACACGGACAAGUUGGUCUAUCGCCGCUACAGUUAGUACACCAAUGAGCCCACCGUUAAAGGACGUGUCACUUAACGUCAUGAAACCAAAGAAGAACGCGUCGGAGCAGUACCAGAAGCUCACUCAGUUGGAGCACAUCUUGAAGAGACCCGACACGUAUAUCGGGUCUACUGAGCCUCAGGAGCAGAAGAUGUGGAUCUACAACGCGGCCGAUGAGAGUAUGGAGGAUAAGAUGGUGAAGAUUGUUCCAGGUCUCUUCAAGAUCUUUGAUGAGAUUUUGGUCAAUGCCGCCGACAACAAGAUCCGUGACCCCAAUAUGAAGAAACUCGAGGUGACUAUCGAUCCAGAGCAGAAUACCAUCUCUGUGAAGAACGAUGGACGAGGUAUCCCCAUCGAAAUGCACGAGAAGGAGAAAAUGUGGAUCCCAGAGUUGAUCUUCGGUAAUUUGUUGACCUCUUCAAACUACGAUGACGAUGAGAAGAAGGUCACAGGUGGUAGAAACGGUUAUGGUGCCAAGUUGUGUAACAUCUUCUCCACUGAGUUCACGGUGGAAACUGCUGAUAAGAACGUAUCAAAGACCUACUCGCAAACAUGGAAAAACAACAUGUCCGUCGCUGGGAAACCAAAGAUCAAAGACGUUAAGAAGGCUGUUGAAUACACAAAGAUUACAUUCAAGCCUGAUUUGGCCAAGUUUCACAUGGAGAAAUUGGAUGAUGAUAUUUUGGGUGUCCUUCGCCGUCGUGUUUAUGAUCUUGCAGGUACUGUGAAAGAUGUCGGUGUGUACUUGAACGGCACCAAGUUGAAGAUCAGAAAUUUCAAAGAAUACGUGGAGAUGUAUAUCAAGGCACUGGACAAGAAGAAAUUGGCUGAGGGUCAAAUCUCAGAAGUUGAAGCUCAGAAAAAGCCAACAAUUAUAUACAAGAAGAUUGAUGAUCCAAAGGCUAAAGGUCGUUGGGAAAUUGCCUUUGGCGUUGCUGAUUCAAGCUUUAACCAAAUCUCUUUUGUUAAUUCGAUUGCAACAACAUCCGGUGGUACCCAUGUCAACUACAUCGCUGAUCAAAUAAUUGAUAAGAUACAGGAAAUUCUGAAGAAAAAACACAAAAAAUCAUCUGUGAAACCAUUUCAAAUUAGAAACAACAUGUUUUUGUUUAUCAAUUGUUUGAUUGAGAAUCCAGCUUUCACUUCACAAACCAAAGAACAGAUGAGUACAAGAAAACCGCAGUUUGGUUCUGAUUGCAAAAUUCCAGAUGAUUUUGUCAACCAGAUCAUGAAAACUGAGUUCAUUGAAAAGAUCUUGGAUGCUGCCCAGGCUAACGAAGAUAGGGCUUUGAAGAGAACUGAUGGUGCUAGAAAAUCAAGACUGACAAAUUUACCUAAGCUUCAUGACGCCAAUAUGGCAGGUACAAAAGAAGGUUAUAAGUGUACUUUGAUCUUAACCGAAGGUGAUUCCGCUUUGGCGUUAGCUGUUGCAGGGUUGGCAGUGGUUGGAAGAGAUUACUAUGGUUGUUUCCCAUUGCGUGGUAAACCUCUGAAUGUCAGAGAAGCAACUGCUUCCCAAAUCACAAACAACGCAGAGAUCAACGCCCUCAAGCAGAUUGUCGGUUUACAGCAUAAGAAGAGAUACGAAGACACAAAAUCUUUGAGAUAUGGUCGCGUUAUGUUGAUGACGGAUCAGGAUACGGAUGGAUCCCAUAUUAAGGGUUUACUGAUCAACUUCAUUGAGAGUCAAUGGCCAGAACUACUUAAGAUUCCUGGAUUCUUGCUAGAGUUCAUCACCCCGAUUGUGAAAGUUAAUAUUACGAAGCCAAGAAAGGACACAAUGUCAUUUUACAGUAUGAUACAGUACGAGGAUUGGGUGAACAAAGAAAGUCACAAAUAUACAUGGUCUCACAAGUACUACAAGGGUUUGGGUACAUCUACCCAAGAAGAAGGCCGUGAAUAUUUCAGUGAUUUGGACAGACACUUGAAGACAUUUGAAGCUUUACAAGAGGAGGAUAAAGUUUCUAUCGACUUGGCUUUCUCGAAGAGUAAAGCUGAUGCCAGAAAAGAGUGGAUUGGUGAUUUCAAAGAAGAUGAGCAGGUUGAGGAUCGUUAUGAACAGCAAACAGUCGGUAUUACACAGUUCAUAAAUUACGACCUUCGCCUUCACUCAAUUUAUGAUUUGAAAAGAUCUAUUCCUAGUGUCUUGGAUGGCUUGAAACCAGGUCAAAGAAAAAUCAUGUAUGGUUCAUUGAAGAGAAACUUAAAGAAUGAAAUCAAGGUUGCGCAAUUAGCUGGUUACAUUUCUGAAAAAACUGCGUACCAUCAUGGUGAACAGUCUUUGGUCCAAACGAUUAUUGGUCUUGCCCAAGAUUUUGUGGGUUCGAACAAUAUUAAUAUGUUGUUACCAAAUGGUGCUUUCGGUACGAGAUUGCUCGGUGGUAAGGAUGCUUCGGCUCCCCGUUAUAUCUUCACUGCUUUGAGCCCAAUUACUUCAAAGAUCUUAAGUAAAGAUGAUAAUGCCUUGUUGAAGUAUAACGAAGAUGAUGGACAAACAGUCGAACCAGAGGCAUAUGUACCAACUGUUCCAAUGGUUUUGAUUAACGGUGCUGAAGGUAUUGGUACUGGUUACUCCACAUUGGUGCCACAAUUCAACCCUCAAGAGAUUGUUGCUAAUAUUCGUCGUUUGAUGGAAGGUUUGGAAAUGGAGGAAAUGGAGCCUUGGUAUAAGGGUUGGGAUGGUCAAGUUCAGAAGAUCGGUCCAGGCAAAUAUAAAAUGUUUGGUAAGAUCGAGAAGUUGAACGCGAACACAUUGGCCAUUACUGAGCUGCCUCCAAAGAUGUGGAUCUCUAACAUGAAGGAGUUCUUGUUACAAGGUUUGGCUGGUACUGAAAAGGUGAAACCAUGGAUCAAAGACUUUGAAGAGAAGCAUGGGUUGAACAUCAGGUUUGUCGUUACUUUGAGUGACGAGGAGAUGGCUAAAGCAGAGAAAGUCGGAUUGUACGAAAAGUUUAAGCUUUCCUCAAUUAUUAACUUGUCCAACAUGGUGUUGUUUGACCCGGAGUACAGAGUCAAGAAGUAUGAGACUGUUGAGGAGAUCAUGCAAGACUUCUACUGGGUUAGAUUGGAGUAUUACCAAAAGAGAAAAGAUCAUCUAGCUACUGUUUUGCAAAACGAACUAGCAAGGUUGAGUUCUCAAGCCCGUUUCUUAAAGCUUGUGAUUGACGGUAAGCUCAUUGUGAACAAUAAGAAGAGAGCUAUUUUAGUUGCUGAAUUGGAGAAAUUGAAUUUCCCAAAGUUCGACAAGAACGGAACCCCGGUAUACACCAAAACUGAUAUCGAUGAUAUCACUCAUGAUGAGUCAAUGUUGGAGGUUGAUGAGAAUGAAGAUAGUGAUGAAGUUGACGAUGAGGAUGCCAACAUACAUAAGCAAGACAACGUUAUUUCCAGCUUUGAUUAUUUGUUGGGUAUGCCAAUCUGGUCUUUGACACUUGAGAGAUACCAAAAGAUUCUUGAUCAAAAGGCUACCAAAGAGGAUGAACUUACGGAGCUUUUGAAGUUGACGCCAAAGGAUAUUUGGAACAAAGAUCUGGACGAUUUCUUGUCAUCAUGGAGACAAUUUCUCAUUGAAGAUGAAGCAAAGAGAACACAAUUAGUCACCGGUAAGAAGAAAAAGAAUACCCGAAAGAGAGCCAAUGAUGCCGAUGAUGACUGGGGGUCAGGUCCUAAGAAGAAAACCAAGAAGGGCAAGAAAGACGAGGAUAAGUUUGCGAACAUUAAGGGUGAAUUGAUCCCAAUUCCUGAUUAUGUCCCACCGAAAGUCAAGAAAGAGCCAGCUUCUAGAGAAAGAUCUACAGGCCCCAAACAAUCUACUCUUGAUUCAUUAAAGGUCAAAAAGGAAGAGGUAAAACAGGAGGUCAAGGUUGAGGAAGAGACGAAGAAAGAACCUGAGUUCAAGACUUUUUUCGGUAAGGGUUCCACGAUAUUUGGAACACCAAAGAAGGAAAGUACGGUUGUUAAGAAGCCUGCAAAGGCCAAAUCUGCUGCGCCUAAAAAAACCACAGCUGGUAGAAGCAAGAAGAAAACUAGUGUGCUCAGUGAUGAUGAAGACGAUAGUGGAGUCCUCGAUGAUGAUGACGAUGACGUUGAAAUGCUUGGCGGUUCACCUGAAGAGGAUACUGUUCCACUUGCUUCGAGAUCAAGGGCUUCGAGAGGUGCACAAAAGAAGAACUAUACCUUUGAUAUCUCCGAUGAUGAUGAUCUUGACAGUUUUGUUGUUGAUGAUGACGAUGAUGAUGAAGAUUUCUCGGUCUAA